AGAGAGAGAGAGAGAGAGACAGAGAGAGACAGAGAGAGACAGACAGACAGAGACAGAGACAGAGACAGACAGACACAAAGAGAGAGACAGAGACACAGAGAGAGAGAGAGAGAGAGAGAGAGAGAGAGAGAGAGAGAGAGAGAGAGAGAGAGAGAGAGAGAGAGAGAGAGAGAGAGAGAGACAGAGACAGACAGACACAAAGAGAGAGAGAGAGAGAGCGAGGGUAAAAAAGUGCACUGAAGGAGAAAGGUGUUGAGAAGCAGACAGACGGACCAUGAGACUGGUGUGUUUGGUCCUUACGUGCCUGGUGGCGCUGUGCUUGGCGGGCAGCGUGAGCAGCAUGUCCACCUGUAAGACUCUAGACCUGGAGCUGGUUAAGAAGAAACGCAUCGAGGCGAUCAGGGGACAGAUCCUCUCUAAGCUGAGGAUGCCCAAGGAGCCGGAGGAGGAGCAGGCGGGAGCAGGGAAGGAGAUCCCGGUAGCGUUGCUCUCUCUCUACAACAGCACCUUGGAGCUCAGUGAGGAGCAGAAACUACAGCCACAGCCCACCGCACACACACUGGAGGAAGAGGAAGAGUACUUCGCCAAGGAGGUCCACAAGUUCACCAUGAAGCAGGAUAAGAAUGUCACCAAGCACCAGAUGCUGUUUAACCUGAAUGAGAUGAGGUCCAGCAUUGGGGACUACCAUCUACUCUCCAGCGCUGAGCUCCGCCUGCUCAUCAAAACCACUAACAUCCCGUCUGGCAGUGAGCAGCGCCUGGAGCUCUACAAGGGGCUGGGCGACAGCAGACGAUACCUGGGAUCACGCUUCGUCACCAACAAGUGGAGUGACCGCUGGUUGUCUUUUGACGUCACUGAAACCCUCAAGGAAUGGCUGAAGGGGACCGAGGAAGAGCAGGGCUUUGAGCUGAAGCUGUACUGUGAGUGUGGUAAACCCGUGGAAAAGUUCCUCUUCAGUAUCUCUGGGUUGGACAGCGGGGUGCGAGGUGACGUGGCUGGUCUAGCCAAGAACAUGAGGAAGCCUCAUAUCUUGGCCAUGUCCAUCCCCCAGAACUACAGCUCACAGCUCACCUCCUCGCGUAAGAAACGGGCCGCCGCCACAGAGGACACCUGCACAGAUAAAACAGAGAACUGUUGCGUGAGGAAACUCUACAUCGACUUCAGGAAAGAUCUGGGCUGGAAGUGGAUCCACCAGCCAAAAGGUUACCAUGCCAACUACUGCAUGGGCUCAUGCACCUACAUCUGGAAUGCUGAAAACAAAUACUCUCAGAUCCUUGCCCUGUACAAGCACCACAACCCAGGAGCAUCGGCCCAGCCGUGCUGUGUACCCCAGGUCUUGGACCCUCUGCCAAUCCUCUACUACGUAGGGAGACAACACAAGGUGGAACAGUUGUCCAACAUGAUUGUAGAGAGCUGUAAGUGCAGCUAGAAGACAUCGGCCAUAUCUCCUCUAUCUCCUCCUAUCUCCUCUAUCUCCUCCUAUCUCCCCAUAUCUCCUCUAUCUCCUCCUAUCUCCUCUAUCUCCUCUUAUCUUCUCUAAUAUCCUCUAUCUCCUCAUAUCUCCUCAUAUCUCUUCUUAUCUCCUCCUUUCUCCUCUUAUGUCCUCUAUCUCCUCCUAUCUCCUCUAUCUCCUCUAAUGUCCUCUAUCUCCUCCUAUCUCCUCCUAUCUCCUCUUAUCUCCUCCUAUCUCCUCCUAUCUCCUCUAUCUCCUCCGUUCUCCUCUUAUGUCCUCUAUCUCCUCCAAUCUCCUCUAUCUCCUCUAAUGUCCUCUAUCUCCUCCUAUCUCCUCCUAUCUCCUCUUAUCUCCUCCUAUCUCCUCCUAUCUCCUCUAUCUCCUCCGUUCUCCUCUAAUGUCCUCUAUCUCCUCCUAUCUCCUCUUAUCUCCUCUAAUAUCCUAUAUCUCCUCCUAUCUCCUCCUAUCUCCUCUUAUCUCCUCCUAUCUCCUCCUAUCUCCUCUAUCUCCUCCGUUCUCCUCUAAUGUCCUCUAUCUCCUCCUAUCUCCUCUUAUCUCCUCUAAUAUCCUAUAUCUCCUCCUAUCUCCUCUUAUCUCCUCUAAUAUCCUAUAUCUCCUCCUAUCUCCUCCUAUCUCCUCCUAUCUCUGCUCCUUCUUUUUCCUCACACACACCGAUACGGACACACGGAGAAGGAAUGGAGGGAGGAGAGAGAACUCAGAGAGGAACAGGAGACGAGAUAGAGGGAUUGACUCUGGGAUGGAGGAGUGGAACAAGAGAUGAGAAGAUGAUCAUUUGUGAUCGAUGACAGAAACAGCCUCCUCCCUGAUGGAACAAGACCAGAACUACGGACAUGUCUGCUUUUUUACAUUUUACACGUUAUAACCUGGAUGAAUAUAGGCUUUACAUUUAAAUAAUUAUCUCAAGGAGUGAAUUAAUUUAUUGUGUUACAUGUAGCAGAGCUGUAUAGGGUAUUACUGUAGAGGCUUAGAGAUGCAUUUGGCAAGUGGGGUAGUGAUGGGAGAGACAUUGAGGACAGGGGUUAAGGGUUAUCCCGAUACCCCAGAAGAGGUACAGGAGAACAUCAUUGGACCCAGAGAACACCAACAGUACCAGAAUGAAAUCCUUCAUUUUAAGGGGAACACAUUUUUUUUCUCGUAAGGAUGGGCCCAGGACUUUUUUACAUAACCAACAGUGCCUGUCCAGAACUCACUGGUGACCAGACAUUAGUACGAGGACACCACACAUUUGCACAAAAGCCUAAGGACCUUGUUUAUGUGGGUGAAUCAUUGGGCUGGACCAGGUGUUUCCCAGAAGAGGCUUGUGAAGUGUUACGAUAGCGAGCCUCCCUGGCUAGAGAGACUGUUUAUUGGUCGAUGGCCUCCAGAGAGACUGUUGAUUGGUCGAUGGCCUACAGAGAGACUGUUACGGGUCGAUGGCCUACAGAGAGACUGUUGAUUGGUCGAUGGCCUCCAGAGAGACUGUUACCGGUCGAUAGCCUCCAGAGAGACUUUUUAUUGGUCGAUGGCCUCCAGAGAGACUGUUACCGGUCGAUAGCCUCCAGAGAGACUGUUUAUUGGUCGAUGGCCUCCAGAGAGACUGUUUAUUGGUCGAUGGCCUCCCUGGCUAGUAGCACGUAGGUCCAUGGUCCUUAAUGUUUCAUCUUUACCGUCCAUCACUUUCACCUGUUUAUUUAGCUUUAUUACUGCUACUAUGUUAUUCUGUUAUUCUGUGUGCUGUCAGUUUGUUUCUGUUCCCCUGUCGUAGGUUGUUCAUCAUUCUGUCCGGCUUGUUAUAACAUUGUGUGUAUGUGUGUAGCCUUGUGUGUGUGUGUGUGUGUGUGUGUGUGUGUAUGUGUGUGUGUGUGUGUAUGUGUGUAGCCUUGUGUGUGUGUGUGUGUGUGUGUGUGUGUGUGUGUGUGUGUGUGUGUGUGUGUGUGUGUGUGUGUGUGUGUGUGUGUGUGCGUGCGUGCGUGCGUGCGUGCGUGCUUGCGUGCGUGUGUGUGUGUGUGUGCGUGCGUGCAUGCGUGCGGGAUAGUAGGAUUGGUACGCCCUGCCUUAUGACAUGCCUGUUGUUUUAGAGGGAGAGGGAAUGUGGUUGUGGUGGUGGAUGGGGAGGGGGUUUAGAGGAAGCUGGGAGCGCCAUGGACCGUCUAUUUACACACUGUUCAUGUGUUGCUGCUUCACGUUGCUAUAAAGUCAAUAUAGACAAUUUAUUGCUUCUAUUUAAAGAUAAAAUAGUCACAUUUCUGCUUGUUAUUGCAGCCCAAAACAAAGUUGUUGUUGUUGUUGUUGUUGUUGUUGUUGUUGUUGUUGUUGCUCGGUGUGAUGUACUGUUACACGUUCCAGGUCAUGUGGGAGAGGGAACUCUGCUUCUUUCUCACUUUACAAUAAUUGCACUUACUUUUUUUUCAGUCCUUUUUUUUCAUUUCAACGUAAAUAUCUUAACAACUUUAAAUAAACAUUGAUGUUGUUAA